AAAAUGUUUAAAUUCGAGAGUAUAAUUGAAUCCCUAGUUGAAAUGGUAAUUAUCACUAAUAAUAUAUACAAGAAAAUGCAGAAGAGCAAAUCUGUCAAUAAUGAUAAGGAAUUGCAGAAGGAAGAACUAACCUAACAGAUCAUAUGCUUCAUCGAAAAAAUCAUUGAAAAUACCAUAUCUGCAUUUAUACGACCAAUUGAAGAGCAAUUGAGGUCUCAAGAAACCCAGAUUCUCUAACUCCAAAGUCAACUCAUUUCCUUACAUCAUCCAUUCUCUCCUAAAAACAAAGAGAUUGUUAAAGUAGAAAAAUUAGAAUCUCCAAUCAGAUCCAAUGAAAUCUAAAGUAUUCCUCUAUUUUAGUAUUAUUUGAGACAAAAUGGCUGAAUUGGAAACAAAAGUUUAAUCGAUCACAAAGCAUCAAGAAACUUAUAAUGAUUAAUUGAUUGAAUUUAAGUAGGAAAAUAAAAGUAAAAUUAUCAUAAUAUUCUAAUAUAGAAAGCUUUUAUUCAUAUUGGGUUUUAUUGAAUGAUUUAAAUGAAAAUGUUAAUAAAAUUAAAGAUUUUCUGUCAACGAUGGAUUUGGAGGAAUAAAAUUAAAGUCAAAAGAGCACUAAUAGUAAGUUGUCAAGAACGAAUACAAAAAAAGAUUAUUGA